GGAAGGUCUAUUUAACUGGUAAGAGAUCCAUUUUUGGAAUCAUGGAGCGAAAACUGGUCCUGAGAGCCGUCUUUUUCUUCACCAUCUGUCUAACAAGAAAUCUUACAGCAGGAACAGAUGUCUCUCAUCAUUCUAACAAAACACUUCCUCGCUCUACUUCAACCAAAGAAAAGCUGACAGUUUUCAGAAAUGAGUAUGUUGAACUGGGCACCACUGUCACCUUAAAUUGCACCAACACAAAGAUUGCUUGGCAGGAUCUGAUUUUUGUCAUCUGGAAAAUUUGUCUUCGAGACAAAAAUUGCACCAUUGCUAUGGCUAAAAAUGACUCUGACCACGACACCUGUCAAGAUGGUAAAAGGCUGAAUCACACAGCAGACGGAGUAUACCAGCUGAUCAUUCCACAAUUUUCUGUUCGAGAUCAAGGAAAUUACACCUGUGACAUUUCCUAUGAAUCAGGUGGUUGGUUGGAAAAUAUCAUUGUCUCCAGAUUUGCUCGACCAAUCAUAUUUGGUUGGCUGGAAUAUGAGGAUCAACACAUUGUGGCUGUGUGUGAAGCUAAAAGCAAACUAGCAGCUUCCAUUCACUGGGAGACACAUAGUAACUCAUCCUUCCACAUUACACAAUCAACUAAGCCUCAAGAGAGUAAAGUGAUUAGUCGCUUAUACUUGCCUCAUAUUUUAUAUGAGGCAUAUGGGAAUCCCACUUGUGUUGCCACUCUCAAAAGCCUCAAGCACAUCAAGAUUCAAUUUUGUAACUUCAAGUUCAGAGAUACCAGUUCUGGAUCUCCCAUAAUUCUUUAUUGCAUAUUAGGCUCCACCAUACCCCUUUUAACUGCACUCUACAUCAUGCGCAAAAAGAUAAGAAAACUUUGCUGCAAACCCAAUCCACACCAGCAUAAUGAUCCUGUUGAUUUGCAAACCUACACCAGUUACAUGCAAAGUGGAAACUCUAUCUACAACUCAUUGUUCUCAUCAGCGCGUGAAACACCUGCUGAUACACACGGCUCGCAUGCCGAUUUAGCAGAAGGUUUGGAGUCGGAUGAGUCCUCUCCAGCCUCCCCUGCUGAAUCGAGCACCUGCUCUCUCGGGGAAGCAGGCCUGAUGGCUGCUUCUUCUUCUGGCAUGAGCAGCACGGUGUUACAUGUCUCUCCCUCCGAGGAGGAUGAGAUGAUGGAUGCUAGCAAGCCCGUGGACUCCUCACAGCCUGUGCUGUACGAGAAGUUCCUUAAGGUCAUGACACAAGCAAUUUCCAAGCUGGAUCUAGCUUGGCCAGUCAAAAAGCAGAAGCAGCAUGCACCCAGUAAGCUGGAUGAGCGUUUCCUGUCACUGCCUGAGCGCUGA